GGUUUAAAGUGCAGGUGUUACGCAAGGAAGGCGCAUUUCAAUCGGGAAAAUGGCUAAGCUAAUUGCAUAUGUAAAAUUUGUGUUUAUUUCCACGUUCUUGUGCCUUUUGACGGUUGUUGGUAAAGCAUUGCAGAUACUGUUCCCAACACUUGCUAAAAAGCUGCUGCUGAAGAUGGGCCAUCGUAUUACGAUGACGCAGAACCCCCGGUUCGUUUGUGAGGACUGGGUACCAACCUUCUUUAGUCUCAGAUAUUUGAAAGCGGUGCUCCGUACAGCUUGGCGGCGGCUGGAAGAUGAAGCUCACGUUGGAAAGCGGGCACCCAACACGCCAGUUAUCGAUUUGCAGGGUAGGAAGUGUCACGUCCUGGAUUUUGUCAAAGGUGGCAGACCUUUGGUUCUGAGUUUUGGAAGCUGUACCUGACCACCAUUUAUUUUCAAGCUGGGGGAGUUCAACCAACUUGUUAAGGACUUCAGCUGUGUGGCAGAUUUCCUUAUUAUCUACAUAGAAGAGGCUCAUGCAACAGAUGGUUGGGCAUUUAGAAAUAAUAUUGAUGUUAAGCACCACAAAAGCUUGAGUGAUCGUCUGACAGCUGCAUGUUUACUGCUGAAAGAAAAUCCUGCUUGCACAGUUGUUGUAGACACUAUGGAUAACCAUUCAUCUGCCAGAUAUGCAGCUCUUCCAGAGAGACUCUAUGUUCUACAUGGAGGGAACGUUCUCUACAAGGGUGGAAUGGGACCUUGGUACUAUAAACCAGAAGAAGUUCGAGAUGUUUUACAGCAUCUACAAGAAACAAAUGGAGGAGACAGAGAAAUGCCCAACAAGUGUUUAUAACAGAAUUGUAUCUCAUAAGAGGAGUUUUUUUUCACUCAGUUAAAAAAUAUUUCAGUUACAUAUCUGUAUAUUUGUCAUUAACACACACAUACAUACAUAUGAUGUAAAGAAAAUAACCCUUGACAAUUUAUUUUAAAGACUUUUUUCUUUCUGAGCAUACUGCUGCAAUCUUGUUAUAAAUAUAUAUCCCUACAUGAUGAAUGUACGAUUUACUUGGAGACAAUAAAUAACACUGCAUUUACACUCUAAGCUGAGUCUAAACAAGGCCUGUAUUUAAUCUGCAUUUUUAUUUUUGCCUUGUUGCCCUUCCUUUCAAAGCAUUUGCACAUCCUUAAUUCCACAAAUAUUUUUUCCCCUAAAGUAGCUUUUGAAGAUGUUAGCACAAACCCUUCACAGAAACCAACCACUUUUAUUCUGUUUGCUGCCUUAAAGCAGAGUACGUAGCAUAUCAUUCAUGAACCUCUUACACAAACUUUGCUUUUUAUGAAACAUCAUGCAUACACUAGGUAAGGGGUACCAUAGUAUAUAAACAGCUGCCCAUAAUUUUUUCCAUGAUUAUAAAAUCACUUUUAUGUUGUUUUGUUAUUCAGUAAGGAACACAGCUUAGAAUGCAAAUGCAGUGUUCUUUGCACUAUCCAGUAGAUGCUUUUAACUGCCCUUUUAGUUGUCAUUUUCAGUCAUUAAUUUCAUCUACUUUGCAUACAGUUACAUAACAGAUGUGCUUUCUGUGCAACUUUUUAUGGUCACAUAGCUGUACUGUAGGAAAUUCGUUAUUGACAGAGGCAAUCUUUAUACCGACAGCAACUGAUAUGCAAAAUUCCCUCAACAGAAAACCUUCCUAAACUGCUGAACUGUAUAUUUUUUUCUGCAUUUAGAGUUGCAGUAGUGGGACAAUGUACUUAACAUUCCAAAGGUUGGUUGUUUCAGGUUGUUUAAACAACAAAUGCAUCGUUGUCUGGCUGCACAAUGAUA